UUAACUAAAACCGGAAGUGAAUCGCUAUUUUGAGCUAUGGAAGUGUUUUCUAUUAGCUAGCUAGCUAGCUAUGCAUAUUUAGGUAAACCAUUAACCACCUUAUUAGGUAGAAAACUCUGAUUUAGAUAAGUGAUUAAAUAUGUAUUUUGUCUGAACGAUCUGAACUGUCAUGGCGAGAGUUGCUGGAGAUAUUAUUCAUUUAAACGUCGGAGGGAAGAGGUUCAGUACCUCCAAGCAGACUUUGACAUGGGUCCCAGACUCCUUUUUCUCAAGCCUUUUGAGUGGGAGAAUAUCCACAUUAAAAGAUGAAACAGGAGCGAUUUUCAUAGAUCGAGAUCCUUCUCUGUUUGCCCCCAUUCUGAACUUCCUGCGAACUAAAGAACUGCACCCCAGGUCUGUUGAUGUACAUUUAUUGAUGCAUGAGGCUGAGUUCUAUGGGAUCACACCAUUAGUGCGCAAGCUGCAGCUGUGUGAUGAGCUCGAUCGCUCCUCAUGUGGCACGGUCCUGUUCAACGGUUACCUGCCCCCUCCAGUAUACCCAGUAAAGCGCAGGAACAGACAUAGUGUGGCGGGGCCACAGUUCAUGGGUGGACGUGGUGGCAUGCUGGAGCGGGCUCCUGUGAGACGCAGUAACACCAUGCCACCAAACUUGGGCACCUCCGGCAUUCUCGCUAAGGCUGUUCCAGAGGAGAGAGUGCCAGGUAUCACCUCAUCUAACCCAAAGGUUCUGUUGUACUCUUUUCUCUUGCAUUUACAUCAUACACCUUUUGGCAGUAUCAGUAUUGCGAAGUCAUGCUGCGAAACCAAUAAUAUACUGCCCAGCACUAUUUCCAGUGCAUUCCUUAGUAUUUCUGACUGCUGCUCGUUGUGCCCUCAGUCUGGCUGCUCCUCAGUGCUCACUGUGUUUUCAGGGCAGGGCUCCGAUCCUGGGAUGGUGCGGAUCAUAUGCGGACAUCACAACUGGAUUGCUGUGGCCUAUGCACAGUUUGUGGUCUGUUACAGGGUGAAGGAGUCAACAGGCUGGCAGCAGGUUUUCACCAGCCCGCGGCUGGACUGGCUUAUUGAUAGGGUGGCACUCAAUGCCAAGGUCAUGGGUGGCUCGCUGGGGGACAAUGACAAGAUGGUGGCUGUGGCAUCAGGCACAGAAAUUAUAUUGUGGGCUAUUUGCCCAGACGGCAAUGGCAACGAGAUUGGUGUGUUCAGCCUCAACGUGCCAGUGGAGGCGCUGUUCUUUGUGGGGAAUCAGCUCAUAGCCACCAGUCACACCGGGAAAGUGGGAGUGUGGAACGCUGUGACCAAACACUGGCAGAAUCAGGAUGUGGUCCCCAUCAACAGUUAUGACACAGCUGGAUCCUUCCUUAUUCUUGGCUGUAAUAACGGCUCUAUUUACUACAUAGAUGUGCAAAAGUUUCCUUUACGGAUGAAGGAUAAUGACCUCUUGGUGACUGAGUUGUACCGAGACCCCAGUGAGGAUGCCAUCACAGCCCUUAGUGUUUACCUCACACCCAAAACAAGUGACAGCGGGAACUGGAUUGAAAUAGCAUACGGCACCAGCUCAGGGACAGUGCGUGUGAUUGUGCAGCACCCGGAGACGGUGGGAUCCGGACCACAGCUCUUCCAGACCUUCUCUGUCCACCGCAGCCCUGUGACCAAGAUCAUGUUGUCUGAGAAACACCUCAUCUCUGUGUGUGCAGACAACAACCACGUGCGCACCUGGACCGUGACACGCUUCCGAGGGAUGAUCUCCACCCAGCCCGGCUCCACCCCGCUCACCUCCUUCAAGAUCCUCUCACUGGAUGAUAUCGAUGGACAUGGGGGCUGUGCUGCAGGCACUGAGAUUGGUCCUUACGGAGAGAGGGAUGAGCAGCAGGUUUUUAUCCAGCGUGUGGUUCCAGACACUGAUAAACUUUACGUCAGGCUGUCCUCCAAUGGCAAGAGGGUGUGCGAGUUGCGCUCAGUGGACGGCACCUCCAUCACAGCAUUCGUGGUGCACGAGUGUGAGGGGUCGAGCCGCAUCGGUUCACGGCCACGCCGCUACCUCUUCAGUGGCCAUAGCAAUGGCAGCAUCCAGAUGUGGGAUCUCACUACAGCGAUGGAGAUCGCAGGGAAAGUGGAUAUUAAGGCUCUAGGAGGCCCCACUGAAGAGGAGCUGUUGGAGUUGUUGGACCAGUGUGACUUGGCACUUACUCGGACUCCAGACAUGAGUCCUGCUGCAUCUCUCACACACGUCUCCCGCAAUUCGAUCUGCAGUCUCCAGUCUCACCUGAGUGAGAGCAGUCGCAUUGGUAUGUCCACCACUCGGCCUGGACUCCCGCACACAGGAAGUCUGCCCCGCCAUGCCCCUCUGCACCCCUUCAGCAAGCCGCGUGACCUGACUGGCCACCUGGGCAUGAGCCAGUGCUCCCUGGCCAGCAGCGCCAGCGGUGGCGGGAGCCCGCACCCUAGCAGACUUCCUCUGGAGCGGGAGCGCGAAAGCCUGGGUGCCUUGCGCAGGGGCAGCUUUGUGGAGCGCUGUCAGGAGAGAGCCAAGAGCUCUGACGUGGCAGGAGCAGACGUGGGCAGGAGGAGCGUGGCAGGGUGCAGUGAGCUGGAAGCUCGCCUGGCUCUCAGGACACACCCUUCCUUCUGCUCCCCACCAGCGUCUUCAUCGGCGGCUUCAUCCAAAAGAGCCGCGCACACGGUGCCCAGCCCCGCCACCUCGGUGGUGAGCCCUACUCGAGCUCAGAUGCCAGUGGCUCCACUACGAGUCCCGGCAUCACCAGUAAGUGAAGCCCCUUCCUCAGAGGCAGGUCCCGUACACGAGAGCCCUGCCUCCCCACCGCCCACCAGCCCUAAACCUCAUAUGAAUGAGACUAGCUUCUGAAAGGCUGUUGUGGAAACACAGCAUGGUUUGACUGAGCACUGUAAUGCUUAUUCACAUUUGUUUCUACAGAGAAUAAGUAGAAAUUAAAAGAUGUCAUCACUGGUUAAAUGCCUUUCUGCGAAUGCAUAACGAUUUUCUUUCCUUUUUUCAUAAACAUUUGGCUUUAAAGAAUGUCUUCCAGGGCUCAAGAACAUUAAUCUCUUAGAGGACUCCUUGCUGUAUAUUAUGUGUUCCUGUGACAGUGUUUGAAAUGUUGCCCCGUUUGGUGCAUGAGCAAGAGCCACCAAAUGACAUUCCAUGUGUCUCAGGAUUUGAAUCUAUGAUGAUGAAACACAGUUCAGCAUAUUUUUGCAAUAUAGUGCAAUUGUAAUAACUGAUGUUUCUUCAAUUUUAAGAACUUUGUUUCUUAGUAAACACUGUCUACACUGUCAACAUAGGCAGACAUUACUGUGCAUUAAGACUUGCAACCCAUUACUGUGCAUAAAAGACAUUGCUAGAUGUAAUCCACACUGUCUCAGUGCCCAUGGGCAUAUACAGCAGUGAAAGGUUAACACCUGAAAUGUCAAGGUGAGAAAGAGGAAGAGGAAAGAGGAAGGUGUGAAAGAGCGGAAUGAGAAAUGUGCUUAACUACUGUUUCAUCCACCUCUCCUAGCAAAUGUGGUUAGUGUGGAUCUGACUGUUGCUCAGUGCCUCUGACUUCCCCCAUGUGCUUGUGUAGAAGACACAUGCACACGGCUCAAUGUUUAACAUGCCUUGUGUAAUCCGUUGGUCGGUAUUGUUACACAGAACAGUCGCUGAAGUGAACACUAAACACCCCUCCCCACCUUCCAGAAUGUUAGUCACCUGCAUGGCAUGUGGAGAGCCAAUCCUCAGAAGGAAGAUCUUUGUGUGUUUUUUCUGUUUUUGCAUCAUUCUGUGUGUUUUCUGUGUUUUUGCAGCACUGACUAAAACUCAGUAAGAAAAUGCUGGGAUAGACUUGGCAGUGCUCAUUGGCACAGAAUGUGGUGUACUGUGUAUGACCUGAACGUUUUUGUGUGGGUUGUGUUCUAGCACUGUUGUGAUUUGAAACUUUCUUGUUGAUUGACAACAGUUGUUGCAGUGGUAAAUAUAGCUCGCCAGUUACACCAGUUCUUUUUUUUUUUUUUUUUCAGCUUU